AUGUCGAAUAGUGCUUUUGGACCAGUUUUAAGUUCAGGGACUGCUCCUAAUUUAGGCAGUGUUCCAUCUGCUAAAGAAGAGCAUGCCUUAGGCUUAAAAGCUAUUUAUGCAGCUUGUCGACUGUUGUAUCCUGAUCAACCUACUCCACUGCAAGUAACAGCUGUUCGAAAGUUCUGGAUGGGUGGACCAGAUCCUUUGGAUUUUAUCAAUAUGUAUGCAAAUCCAGGAUCAGCUGAACUGCAAAGCCCUCCUCACUGGCAUUACGUAACUAACGGUUUAUCAGAUUUGUAUGGUGACUCGAGGUUGCAUGGCCAUUGUCAUUCAACUGACGGUCCAAGUGGUUUCGGUUUCGAGUUAACAUUUCGAGUGAAACGUGAGGCAGGUGAAACAAAUCCACCAACAUGGCCAGCGCAUUUACUACAAAGCUUAGCACGUUAUGUUUUCUAUUCACAAGCUCAAUUAAUGGCAGGCGAUCAUAUUCCAUGGCCUACGUCUUUAGAUAAGCAGCCUAAUUUUUCAUCUCAACAGUCGGAAAAACGACGACGGCAUCAUCACCACCACCAGCAACAACAGACGGAUAAAGAAACAAAUGUGAAAGAGUUGGAAAAUGCAAGAAAAUCCAUUGCAAUGGCGGCUGCAGCAACUGCGGCUUCCAUAUUAGCUGCAAACAGUGCUAAAACAGGUAUGGGAUCUUCAUCGGCUGCUCUAUCCGCAUUAACCAAUCCUUCGACUUAUGCAUCCAUGGUCGCAGCUGCUCUAGCCGCUGUCAAUAAUAACAACUCGAAUGAUCCAGUUGGCCAGAAUGAAACUAAGGAUAAACUAACAACUAAUUCAACAAAUUCAUCACGUAUUCAUCAUAUGCUACUGGUAGAAGAUCCUCAACUGAAGAAAAUCACUACACCAUAUGGUUAUGUUCAAUUUUUACAGUUGGUUGGUCUUUGCGAUGAGGAACUGCGUUUGGUUCAACGUUGGACUGGUUCUCAUGUUGCCGAAUUAAUGAGUUGUUCACUAGAAACUGGUGGUGGUCUUCUUGUCACCGAUAUGAGAAGAAAUUUAAAUAUUUUUGAAAUGCAACCAAAUUUAGUGGAUUAUAUCAAUGAUAAAUUAAAACGUGAAGGUUCGAAUUUAUCUGGUGUCACAAUAUCCUAUUUCGCUUGGGCACCUAUAACUAUGGUCACUUUAGGUGAGCUACUACCAGGUGAAGUGGAAUCUCGUCGAUUACGUCGUCAAACACAGAAACGUGAUUCAUCUUCAACUAGUUGUCUGUAUUCUAAAUCAGAAGUUCAGUCUGGAUCCAAGGCUGUAUUGUUUCAUAACCCUUCAACUGAUUAUAAUACCCACAAAUCAGAUACUGAUAUUGGAUCUAAAACUGUGGCCAUGGACACAGAUGAUACAUUGGUGUCGUUUGCAGUAAAAAAACGAAUUGAAGAUGAUGAAUUUAUAGAUGUUGUUGGCGGUGGUGGUAACGGGGGUGGCGACGAGACAUUUCAGAAGUUGACAGCAGAAAGUUACAUCAAUUCAUCUACUAGUGCUUUAGCUUCAGUGUCUGCUGAACCUAAUUCACUAAAAAUUUCUCGUUUUGAACCAAAAUCUCGUGUUUCUUUGAGCAGUAGGUUGAGCUCCGGACAUUUAACUUCAGAUUGUUUUCCGCAUUCAUUAGGAAAUCGAAAUGUAAUCGAUGGACAAACUAUCAGUGCACCUGGUGGUUUUUCUGCCUGGUGUAAUCGAGUAGGACCUAUCAAUCAGUUUAACCAAUCACCUAUGAGUCGUCAAAGCAUAAACAAAGUCGGCGCUAAUACUUCAUCUACAGGUGGUGGAAUAUUCAAAAGUACUUUGGUCAAUUCACCUACAGAACUGACUAAUGUAGUUGGCGGCGCGCUUGGUUUUCGAACAUUCAACUCAGAACUACCAAUAUCCAAUAUGAUUACAGAUAAAUUUAUAGAUACCAGUAUUGAGCCUAAAGGUGGGAAUCUUACACCUGGUGGUGGUGGUAGUAGUAGUACUACUGGUGAUGGUUCUGCACCAUGUACACCUUUAGCACAUUUAUCACUUUCUCCGGCAAGUUUGGAUAUGAUGCCAACACGGAUUAUCGAUUAUUUAGAUGUGCAUUUAUGUCGUGAAGCUGGUGAAAUGCUUCCUUUGGCAGUGAAUGAUCGACUACGUCAUGGAAGACAUUUUACAUUUUUAAAUGCAAAUUAUCCAGAUCAUGCUAUUACGUUAGUGCCAUCUGGUGUUUCUGGAGCUUUUGUUGCAGAAGAAACACCCUAUGUUGCCCGUGGACCAUGGUUACAAAUCUUAUUGACAGAUGAUUUUCUGGAACAGUUGGAAUUUCAAUUUUCAUGUUUAUUAUAUCCUAAUGAAUUGCAUUUGCCGUUAGUUUUUCGUUGGCCAGAAAGACAUUUACGUAUAUGCUUGGUUGAUGUCAGUUCAUCAUCAUCAUUGUCAUCAUCACCGCCACCAUCAUCAAACGGAGGCUUACCAUCAAUACCUCUCCCACAUUCACAGACAGCAUCUGUAACAAACCCGGUGUCUUUAAUAAACGAUACUAAUAACAAUAUUGGCAAUAAUAGUGUCGACAAUAGCAACACUUCAGAUACAUCGAAUAUUUCAAAACUUAUGGGUACUCCUACUACUUCUAGCAUUCAUUGUAAUUGGAAUACAUCAAUGGUAGAUAAUAGAUUGAUAUCUGGUAAUAACAGUGGUAGUGUUGGGAGUACUCUACAGUCCUCAGUCAUUCCGAGUGCAUUUGCUAAAUCUGAUUUACUUCCUUCAUUCUUAUCAUUAUUCCCACCGGGAUGUAUACCACCGCCAAAUGUUCUAUCAUCGUUGUUCAGUGCCAUGGCUACAAAUAAUUCUAGUAGCACUAGUGACAAUAUUAAUACUACCAAUAAUGAUCAAUCUCAAACAGAAUUAUUCAGAAAAUCAUUUCUCCCAAUAAAUCAGACUGUUACACCAGUGCCUAUAUUUCAAACAUCGUCGUCAUCACCUACAUCAUUAAUCCAACCAUCCGCAUCAACGUUGCCGAAUUCAUCUCAUAUACACCACCAUCAAAUCACUCACCAACAACAAGUACGGCAAGAACAUCAACCGAGUACCACAUCUCUUCCUACUGAAUUAAAAGUUGAUAGCCUAAUUGAUCCUAAUGUAUUUGCUAAUAACUGGUCAAUGUUUUUGCAAACAUUAAUGCGUAACAGUAACAUUAAUACUAAUAAUACGGAUUCAUUAAGACAAAUAAUAUCUGGUAGUCAGAAUAAUAGCGUUGCUACUACUAAUAUCAGUAGUACUAAUCCAACCGCUUAUUUCAUGGAGUUUUUGCAAAAUUUUCCUUUCAAUAAUAGUAAUAAUAAUUGUAUGAAUAUGUUAUCUGCUUUAACUUCGUCAACAGCACCGACAGCAUCAGUAUCAUCGUCAUCAUCAUCAAUGAAGCAUUUUUAA